AUGUCAAAUACAUGGGGAUUUGAUUCAAGUACUGCCUCACGAACUCAAUGCCAUGAGUUCAAUUUGGUCGUAGAUUCCCGCAUGGAGGUCAUUGGUCCAAUAAAGUCUGCCGCUUCUAAUGGACACAGAUUCAUUUUGGUUGCCAUUGAUUACUUUACCAAGUGGGUGGAAGCAGCCUCAUUUGGGAUACCGGGAUCCAUCAUUACUAACAAUGGAGCAAAUCUCAACCGUCAUUUGAUGAAAGAGAUAUGUGAACAAUUCAAGAUUACUCAUCGAAACUCAACCACCUAUCGUCCCCAAAUAAAUGGAGUUGUAGAAGCCGCCAACAAGAACAUCAAGAAGAUUCUUAGGAAGAUGAUAGGCAAUCAGAAAGGUUGGCAUGAGAUGUUGUCAUAUGCUUUGUUGGGUUACUGUAUGACUGUCAGAACGUCAAUUGGAGCAACUCCAUACCUGUCAGUAUAUGGAACAAAAGCAGUUCUACCUGCCGAACUUGAAAUACCUUCAUUGAGAAUCAUCCAAGAAGCCGAAUUGAGUAAUGUUGAUUGA